AUGGCUCACAUGUUCAGGAUCCAGUGCCGCGCGUCCGACGUCCUCAGACUCACCAUCGUUAACGGCGAGGUCAUCCUCGGCAAGUCCGACCCACGCGACGACCGUCAGGUCUGGCACAAGGACGCAAAAUACAGCGCCGGCAUCAAGGACGAGGCAGGCCGUCCUGCCUUCGCACUCGUGAACAAGGCCACUGGCGAUGCCCUCAAACACUCCUUGGGCUACUGUUGCCCUUUUGAGCCGGGGUAUCUGGACGAGUCGGUCCUGUGGACUGCGAGCGUGGACGUGGCCGACGGCUACAGGCGCAUCCACAUGAUGAACAACGCCGACUACAUAUUCGACGCAGAGGAGGACACCCCGCAGUACGGCGGCGCGCGCGACGGCACGCGGCUCAUAUUGUUCCGGUGGAACGAAGGCCUGAACCAGAUCUGGCGGAUGGUUCCGUGCGGUGGCGGCGUGCUGGAGCACGAGAAGCCCCUCCGCGUCGUCUGCCACAGCAACCAGGCACUCUUCCUCUCUGUUCGUGACGGUGUGGUCGUGCUCGCCGACAUCGACAUAAAGUCGCGUCGCCAAUGGAUCGUGAGCUUCCAGAACACCGGACGCGUGACAGAUGCUGAGGGGCACCGGUCGUUUGUCCUCGUGAACUGGUCCUCUGGGAAGGUGAUGAAGCGCUCUGGUGAUGGAGAGCCGGUUGAACUCGUCGGUCACAGCCUAGACUCGGUGGACGUGGCGCUGCUCUGGACGCGCGGCGACGACCUCGGAGAGGAAUUUAAUUGCAUUCGCACCGUCAGCGAUGUUGGUCUCGUCCUUGAUGCGGCGGGAGGCGUGCCUGAAUUCGGCGGCGCGCACGAUUGCACGCAGAUUAUCGUGUUCCCCUGUCACGGCGGUGCAAACCAGAGGUGGUCUAUGCUUCCGCUUGACUGA